CGAUACUGUUUCUGAUACUGGAGAAAUAUGGCGACGUCCGUAACACUGCAAGGUUUCAUUACAAUUUACAUGAUGUUAUUUUAAUUAAUGAGUUCAGCUGAGGUCCGAUUUCUUUCUUCAAACCCGAUUUAACGGACAGCAGCUUUGAAUGUUUUUAUUCAGCACGGUAUUUUCAUUAUCAGGCACAGACAAGAAACUGAGCGACAGAGACCACUGAACGACACACAGCUCGCUUAGAUGUGCAGAAAUUUCCUCUGAAGAUUCGCUCUGAAGUCACAGUAAAGAUGACGGAAAGAAUGUUUGAAGAGAAACAGCAUUCCUCCCUCUAUCAAAAAUAUCGAUUUGAUCCACCAGAUGAGCUGAAGGCGCUUAUUCUCCAGUAUCUGGACAAAAAGAAAGGAAAGCCCCAUCAGCUGGCUGUGGAUUUGGGCUGUGGAACAGGGCAGAACUCUCGUCCCCUGACGGCAUAUUUUGAGCAGGUAGUGGGUAUUGACGUUAGUGAAUCUCAAGUGGAACAGGCGAGAGCAGUGCCAGGGUUCCCUAACCUCAGUUACAGAGUAGGCACAGCAGAGGAGCUGCCAUUCCCAGAUGACUCAGUGGACCUGCUGACGGCUGCGUCUGCAGCUCAUUGGUUUAAUGCCGAACGUUUCAUAAAGGAGGCUACACGUGUCCUGAAGCCACGUGGCUGCUUGGCUCUCUUUGGCUAUGGAGACAGUAUGAAAAUGCACUAUGAAUCCUGUGGUGAUCGACUUAAUAACAUAUAUGAGGAAGUAAAGCAAAUACUGCUGCCUUAUACAAGCAGUAAGGUAACUGGGGCCAACAGCAAGUUAAAUGACUUAUUUGAAGCCAUACCCUUCCCAGAUAAAGAGAGGAUUGAAAUAAUUCCAAUAAAGCAGCAGCUGAGCAUCAAGAAUGUAAUUGGUUUUGUUCAGACAUUCUCCAUGUACCAAGCCUAUCUGAGAGCCGAUCCAAGCGCUGCAACCACGCUGCUGGAGAGAACAACAUCACGUAUUCAAGAGGAGAUGAAAGUGUCAUCAACAGAAGCCAAAGUUGACUUUAUAAUGGAGUACUUCUGUGUGCUUGCAUGUAAACCUGAGUGACACAUGACUCAAUCACAUGACGCAUCUCGCCUGUACUAACAUCCCAGGUGUUUAGUUAUUGUAGUUCCUAAUCUUACUUUCUUAAUCAAUUGUUAGCAAAUUUGUGGUCUUACAAACACACAAUAUUUUGUUUAUAAUUACACAUGAAAGAUUCUGAAAAUAUAAACCACUUAGUAUUUGCACUAUGCAUUAUGAUGUUGCACAAUGUUAAUUAGAAUUCAUUUCCUCUACAACAUGCAGGCAUUGAUGUAAUGCUGUUUAAAAUAACAAUAAAGUCAAUGUUUUUUA